AUGUCGUCCUCCAGCUUACAGCGUCUGCCAAGCGGAACGCACCGGUUUAACCAGCAAUAUCGCCUCAUCGCUGUUGCGUUCCCAGUCACACGUCACUAUACGGCUCAAGCUGGAAGGACAAAGCUCCCCAUAAAAUACGUACGAAACCGCUCACAGGAUCUAGACAAGGCUGUCUUUUUGGUCCUCAAAGGAAAGUCUGAUGGUCCCCUCCCUCCCCCGGAGACCGCCUCGCGCCUCUUUGAACCACUUCCUCGUCGAGCCAAACAGCAUCACAUUAACAAGACAUUUCAACUGCAUGCAAGCUUUAUUCAAGAAGCGAUCGCUCGCGAACAAGGCCCAGUCCUGACUCACCAAGACGGAGAGUGGGAGGAUGUGGAUGUGGAUGAGCUCGAGACUCGACUCGAAAUCCCGGCUACUCGGAGCAGGCUGGUCAACCAAAACGCUUCGCAGCUACUGCCCAACAUUCAUCCAAGCAGUCUCCAGUCGAUCAACACCAACGCCAAGCUUCAGAAAAGGACAAGACCUCAAGCUGUACCGUGGAACCGGCACAGUGUCAACAGGGACACAGUCCAAGCUGACGCUAGUCUGCGAAACAUCCACAAUGCAAUAACCUUCUUGCAAAGCAUUGAAGUGAAAUUGCAAGCCACCGAUCGCCAACUUCAAGAGUUAGCGCUUCGACUCGGAUCGCAACAGCCUUCUUCGCCAGGGGCUGCCAGCCAGAGAGUUCGUAAAAUCUGCGAGCUUGUCGUUCGUUGGCUGUCGCACUUUCCUGAGCUCAUGAAGAAGGCGAGCGAGGCUGCGGUCCAGACUCCGCCACCAACCAAGUGGCAGAUGUUCAAAGCCAUGACGGCAGCCGCCUUCUGUAUCGGAGGUACAACGGUCCUCGCUCCUCUGCUCAAAGCGAUGCUCUCAUUCGUGUGGGUCAUCAUGCCUUCACUUCACGAGCUGCCUGUGCUGUAUCCCAAUAUACAUGACUGGCUUGGGCUAGUCGUGCACACGUCUUCCCUACCGCUUCUGAUCGCGAUGAACACACGCGCAAAGAAAGCUUGUCGUCGCUUCAAGCACUUCAGCAUCAGCAAAAACUUGCUUCACACCCAUCAACGUCGCCAGCUCACCCAAUCUAGCCAAAAUCUGGGUCCACGUAAGGAAACGGCGUUCCGCGAGCUCAUCGCCAAUCAUCCUGAACUGCUCGAUAAGCCUUUUCCUAUGACAGCCGUAUUGAACGAUCUUCGCAACCUGCAGGCUCUCAGAGGUAGCUCCAGCGGUCGAGAGUACAAGGUGGCAGAACGUCGGCUGUUUCGUGUUCAGCACGAGUCCGAGCUCGGCCAAGGUGCGCCACUGACGGUUAGACAGGUGACAAAACUGCUCGAGCCGGAUGAUAGUGUUGGCUGGACAGUGAUCAAGCAACGUUUGCUGUUGGAUCGGGUGGAUGCGAUCAAUAGCCUUUCAAAGGAGGAUCGUGCAAGGGUCAUGUUUCAGCGCGUGUAUGGGAUCGGCGCUACGAAAGCCGAGCGCUUUGUGCAGGCCGGAUUUUUGACGCUGGAGCAGUUGAGAGAGGCUUCGUUGGAGAGGGCGCAAAGGAUCGGGCUCAACCAUAUGAACGAUAUCGAAUGCUUGAUUCCGCGUAGUGAGUCACAGCAGUGGCUGGACGUGUUGCUCGACGUGGUUCGGUCUGUCGAUUCCAAGCUGAGCAUCGAACUACUGGGCAGCUUUCGAAGAGGCGAUCACUAUUCUUCCGACCUCGAUUUUGUCCUGUUCCAUCCAGACGUGAUCGAGAUGCGUCUUCCUCGUCCCGACAAUCCUUCCAAAUCGGACCCACAUCCUCUAGCUGCCACGCUCCUCAACAACGUCAUCGUCCAAAUGCGCAAACGCAAUCUGCUUGCUGACGACCUGCUCGCCCACGGCCCUCUGGCUGUCAAAGGUAUCGUCCGCCUCUCGGCAACCAACAAAGCGCGUAGGAUCGAUCUUAAUUUUGCGCCUUUCAUUCGACGCGCUUUCUACACGCUCGCCAAAACCGGCGAUGCUGACCUGAUGGUUCACCUUCGCGCCAAGGCCAAAUCGAAAGGCUGGGCUCUCAACGAGUAUGGACUCGGUCCACCCAAUCAAAACGGCUCAGCUUGGACCACAAACUUGCUUCAAGAGGCCACAGACGAACGCCAGAUCUUUGCUUUUCUCAAUGUACCCUACCUCAAACCCAAGGAGCGAUCGUUCAGCAACUAUGCAUCCAAGCUCAAGAUCACUCGUCCUUGA